UAUUAUAUAAACUGCAUGUGGUAGUGCAUUUAUCUUCACAUUUUAUCAGGUGUGUGGUCGAUAAGAUGAUUAACUCACAAUUUGCUAUAUUAUUGUCCGUAUUCUCAUAUUCACUAGUGGUUAGUGCCAUUUUACAUCCACAUGAGCAAAUUACAAAUUCCCUGUCAAAAAGCUUUAAGCGAAGCUUACAACAAUCAAAUCAUCAAGGAAGAGGGAAUGUACAAAAUAAGAUUGUUGCUCUCUUGUCACAAGUGAUAAAUCUCCAAACGCAAAUCAUAAAACUGCAAAACGAUGCAGGCCAAACUUGUACAAAGAAAGUGGAAAAAGAUUGUGCUGCUUAUUACAUGAAAGGAGAAAGGAGGAGUGGGGUGUACAAGAUUGAACCAGAUGAUCAAGGAAGCUUUAAAGUUUUUUGUGACAUGAAGACCUCUGGUGGCGGUUGGACGGUAUUUCAACGUCGAAUGGAUGGAAGUGUAAACUUUUAUCGCGGAUGGAAUGACUAUAAAAAAGGAUUCGGUAAUCUUGAAUCCGAGUUCUGGUUAGGAUUAGAUAAAAUCCACAGAUUAACUAGAGCAAAAGAAAAACUUCGCAUUGAUAUGGAAGACACAAAAAGAAACAAGAGGCACGCUGAGUAUGGAAAAUUUUCUGUGGCAAAUGAAAAACAGAAGUACAAGCUUACAGUGGGAAAAUAUUCAGGUACUGCUGGCGACUCAUUUUCAGACCAUAAUGGAUUUAAAUUUUCGACAAAAGACGCUGACAACGAUACAUAUUCAAAAAGUUGCGCAAAACAAUUCAAAGGUGCUUGGUGGUAUAGAAGUUGCCACUCUUCUAAUCUAAAUGGAAUGUAUCAUCAUGGUGCACAUAAAUCGUAUGCUGACGGUGUCAAUUGGUACGCGUGGAAAGGGCAUCACUAUUCCUUGAAAACCACAUCUAUGAAAAUCAAAUCAUUUUCAUAAAUAUACACAUUGACAACUUUCUGCCCAAUGUAAAAGGAUAAAAUCAUUUUCCCAAGUUUCGAAUAUUUAAUGUACUUUCAAAGUGUUUGAUGACCGAAAUAAGUUCUCUUGAAUGUUGCACAACAGUAUAUGUCUUAGAUAGUUUAAUUUUAUUUCUUACUUUUCACUUGAAAAAUGUAUUUUUUUAACUUGCUUUAUUUUUUCUUUUGUUGACUAUAAUUAUUUACUACUAUUUGAAAAAUUCAAAGUGAACAUGCGUGAUUUAUUUAUAAAGUUAA